GAGAAAGAAAAUGCGGAAACGGAAAAGCCAACACCCCCCCAUAAGCGCUUGCGCAGCUCACCUCCAUCUACCCCUUUUCCUCUUUUCACCCAGCAGUAUGGUCCACUCCAGUUCGGUGUGUGUUUCUUUCUACUUGUAUGAGCUAGUGUACACAGAGCACUCCCCUUCACAUAUCCGUAUCGUUUAGUUCGUUGAUUGGAGUCGUAAUCACAGAUACCACGGUCGUGAUACUCCACAAAAUUCAGUUACAUCAUCGGUUAUUAUAAAAAAAUAAUUGUGACAAUAUACUUUGACAGACCAGUAUGAGCUAUUAAAUUUUCAUAUUUCAUUUGAGACUGAUUUUUUUUCUGGUGAUUUAAAAAACAUUCUGAACAAUAUUCUAACAUAUUUGUAACGAAAUCAUCUGAAAAUUGAGUGAUAUUUAUGAAGUUUUUUCAAUCAAUGAGUGAAUAAAAAUAAUUGAUGAGUGAAAUAUAAACAUUACUUCGUCAAUUGAGAAGAACAACAAGUUGCCGCCAUUUUGAAAGAGGCAGAGGAUUGUUUCAACGCGUUGGUAAACUUCUUCCAAGUCCUAAUCGUCUUUUCAAAAAGGUGAUUAAAUUGAAAUGAAGAUGAAUAAUAACCGGCGAAUAUGAAUAUUUCUGCUUUCACAGUCCUGCUGAUAUUCAUGAAAUCACCGCAUAUAUCAUCAGAAGCGCAUAAGAAUGGAUGAAAAAUAUAUAUGUGAAAACUUUUCGAGUAAGCAAUUGGAAACACAAAAGAGUAUGAAUCCAGAUCGUGUGGGACAGAUGAUAGGGAAAUUUACAUCAAAUAGCCAUGGGGCAUGAAAUUUAUUUAACUGACUAUUCCAUCAUGCUCGGAUGGAAUCAACAUUUGGCAAGCAUUCUGUAGUGCCCGUUGAAAGUCCACUGAGAACGAGCUACUACAACUCAAUGACACUCAAUAUAUGCAGAUGAUGUCGAUGACGAUGAUAAUAAUGAUGAGAAAUUGGCACGAUUUCGUCGCGUACAUACUCUUGAGAAUUAUUCUAAGGCUACUCUCACUAUCAUGACUAAUCCCUUUUUACAGUAAUGAAGAUUGAAAAGGAUAUAAAUAAUGGCUAUUCAUUCUGCUGGGAACAGAACAACUACCGAUCAUGGAUUACCACUCGAAGAGGUGACAAUGGUACUUACAGGUAUUUUCCUGGGGCUCCUGAUUCUCAUUACUAUUGUCGGAAAUGUAUUCGUUAUAGCAGCCAUUCUACUGGACAGAAAUUUACAAUCCGUUGCAAAUUACCUAAUUAUCAGUCUUGCGGUAGCUGAUCUCAUGGUAGCUUGCCUGGUUAUGCCGCUCAGUGCAGUUUACGAGAUAAAUUCAGGAUGGUCGUUGGGCCCCGAACUAUGUGACAUAUGGACAAGCAGUGAUGUACUGUGUUGCACAGCGUCAAUACUGCAUCUGGUCGCAAUUGCUGUUGACAGAUAUUGGGCGGUGACCGAUCUUAAUUAUAUUCAGGGGAGGACUCCGAGGAGAAUUUCUCUACUAAUUGCUAGUGUGUGGAUUGCUUCUUUAGUGGUCUCAUUGGCACCGCAAUUUGGCUGGAAAGAUCCCGCCUAUAUGGAGCGUAUUGACCAGGGAAAAUGUUUAGUUUCCCAAGAUCCUGCAUAUCAGAUAUUUGCGACCUGCGCCACAUUCUAUGUACCCCUCUUAGCUAUUCUGUUCUUAUAUUGGAGAAUAUUCCAAGCAGCGAGGAGGCGUAUAAGAAAACGUCCUGGAACCAAAGUUCACCAAUCCCGCCAGGGAAAUGGACUUCUCAAACUCGUUAAACGCAGAACACUUGAAGAGUCAGCUGCUUUCACAAUAACACGAUCUACGCCAGAACAUUCUUCAGCAUCACCUGAGAAAACAUCUUACGAUGGCAGUACAACGGCACAACCGACAUCAGUAUCAACAACAAUAACAACGAUAUCAACAACAAUGGGAACUAUAAUGUCAACUACAUCGACAGCAGUUGUGGUACAAAGUUCACAGCCACAAAUUAUAACAAAAACAAUCGAAGCAAAACGUGAAAGAAAGGCAGCCAAAACGCUUGCCAUAAUCACGGGUGCCUUUGUGGCAUGUUGGCUUCCAUUUUUCUUUGUUACUCUACUUCAAGCUAUCUGUACUGUUUGUUAUCCACCACAACUAUUAGCUAGCAUAUUUCUAUGGCUAGGUUAUUUUAAUAGUACCCUCAAUCCUAUUAUUUAUACAAUUUUCUCACCCGAAUUCCGUCUGGCCUUCAAGAAAAUGUUAUGCAUCGGUACACGCUCUGUUGCUCGCUAACGUCGAAUAUCGAGUGUAUCAUCCAACCAGACAAUGAUCUAUUUACUAUUCGAUGUAAGAUUAAUAUGCAAAUAUCAACUACACGUAAGUUGGAAAGAUAAUGAUGUCUUCAAUUGUUUACUACCAAAUUUCAACAGUUUAUCCUACCUCCAUGGACAGAAAAAUAUUACAAAAAUUACAAUAAAGUAUGGGUAAUCGUGUAGGAAAGGUGCUUUUGUGGUUACUUUUGUCUCAAACACAGGGAAAAAUUCACGAAAAGAUAAUAAAUUUUACUCCUUUUCUGGAAUCUUGA